CCUCAAGCUUUUCUGCAUAUCUAUAAUCCUCCAAGGUUGCCCUCACAUUGAAGUAUUGGAAAACGAGGGCCGAAUAUUUUUACACACUUUUCCGCAGGUGGACUUUGGUUCAACUCAGACGACGAUGAAUUACUCCCGGGCCACAGCCCUAAUCCGUUGUGCAGACCGGAUCACCUCAACCCAUAUCCAUGGAUAGGAUCAGGACUACAGUCAACAGUGCCGGGCAUACCUACUUGCCCUACACCGGAGUUUAAAUGACGAUUUUGUACCAUGGAUGAAGGUUAUCUCCUCUCGGAACCAAGGCUACCCUCGCACCAGUUCACUACAAUAAUAAAUACGACUAACCAGCAGCUGUUCAGCUUGUGUUCAGACCUUAGUCAAGAUUAGUCAUCCACCCAUGACCAGGUAAAAGAUUUGUACGCAUCGAUAUACGGAGUAGUCCGCACUUAUCGUCAGGAGACUAAUAGACUUGUUAAGCCCAUUCCCACCAUGGAUUAUCUUGAUAGAUCUAUUACUCGUGGUCUUGAAUUGACAUACUAUUUGUUUACAACUACUCUUUCCAAGUCCGUCACUUGCAUGUUCUACGUAAGAGUUGCUGCUUGGGAGAGGAGGUGUAAUUUCCGAUAUAUCUCGAGACUGGGAAUGGGCUGAGUGUCAGAACACAUGGUUAUAUUCAGGCGAACACAGCAUAUGGAGCAGCGUGACGAUUUCACUAUGUAAAUCCACUGUCGCUCUGAAUCUAGAUAUUCAAAAUAGAAAAUUGAUAUACUAGCUGGGGCC